GUAUUUUUCCACUUAGGAAAAAUCUUAAAAUCGAAAAGACAUAUGACAAUACCUUUGUCCAGCUCACAUUUAGAAUCCCACCAUACAUUCAUAACCUUCAAGAUGCCAAAGUCAUUUGAAAAAACUCGCAAAGCCAUUGCGAAGAAGAAGGGACCCAUCGAAUCCCUUCAUCAGUACUCUCGGGAUUCCAAACGAUUACAUCGAGCUCAAGUUCGAGAUGAGAAGUUAGAGAAAAUUGCAGCAUCAAGGAAGAAAACUGAUAGGCCAUACCUUGAGCGAGCUACAUUUUUCCAAGAAGCCGUCAAACAGAAUGAGGGGCAGCCUCUUCAAUUGGAUGUAAUCCACGAGCUUAUUAAGACUUUCGUUCAUCAAUAUGAUGAGGAAUUAAGCGAAGUGAAGAAAACGAGAAGACCUGGACGCCCUGCCAGUGCCAAGGAGGAUCUGCUAAAGGUCAAGGUUGAUAGGCUCCAAAAGGAGUACCAGAAUGGUUUCCUAACCCCGGUACUCGAUACGGAAGAAAACGCUGGGCUUCUAAGUCGGUGGGAAGGAUCUUGGUCCUAUCUAACCACUGUUAAAUGGGUGAGGAUAUCUUCCGCCGGCCAAGUCCAAGCCUCGAGCUUUCCUCCGAGAGGGGAGCAUUGAGAAAACCCCUUUGAAAUCCACGUGUCUGGAAUCUUCAGCCUGAAAAGGGGGGUUUCACGAUUCCCUGUACUUUCGGCUGCUGUUUCUAUCUUGAUCGGGGAGCAGACGGGGCCUUACGUAGGGGCGUGGGAAGUUCCCGAGACCAGACAGCGGGAUUCUGCCUUACUUGACCUUUGAUUUGCGAGCCCGCGGUUACCUACAGCCAAGGCGCAUAUCAGCUGCAAACUCCGCAAUCAGCCACAUA